AUGACACAGUUAACUAAUAAAAAUACAUUAUCUAUUUCUCGACUAAAAACAAAUGGAAGCUCUGAAGCCAUUAAAGUUAUUGUAAGAUGUCGACCUUUGUCAGAAUUAGAAAUCAAAGAAGGCCAUCAUAGUGUUGUUUCAAUAGAUUCAAAUCUUGGUGUAAUAGAAAUUAAAAAUCCUAAAGAUUUAAAUGAACCACCUAAAACAUUUACAUUUGAUGCCAUAUAUGAUUGGAAUUCAACACAAAGUGAAUUAUAUGAUGAAACAUUUCGUGAUUUAGUUAAUUCAGUUCUUAAUGGUUUUAAUGGUACAAUUUUUGCUUAUGGUCAAACUGGUACUGGAAAAACAUUUACAAUGGAAGGUGUUCAUAAUGAUAAAAUAUUACGUGGUGUUAUUCCAAAUUCAUUUGAACAUAUAUUUCAUCAUAUAGCUAAUUCAACACAACAACAAUAUUUAGUAAGAGCAAGUUAUUUAGAAAUUUAUCAAGAAGAAAUACGUGAUUUAUUAAAUAAAGAUAGUGCAAUAAGACUUGAAUUAAAAGAACGUCCUGAUAUUGGUGUAUAUGUUAAAGAUUUAUCAUCUUUUGUUGUUAAAUCUGUUCAAGAAAUACAUCAUGUUAUGAGUGUUGGACAUGCUAAUAGAUCUGUUGGUAGAACAAAUAUGAAUGAACAUAGUAGUAGAUCACAUGCAAUUUUUAUAAUUACUAUUGAAUGUUCUGAAGUAGGUCCAGAUGGUGAAAAUCAUAUAAGAGUAGGUCGUUUAAACUUAGUUGAUUUAGCUGGUAGUGAAAGGCAAUCAAAAACUGGUACAUUAGGUGAAAGAUUUAAAGAAGCAACAAAAAUUAAUUUAUCUCUUUCUGCAUUGGGAAAUGUAAUAUCUGCAUUAGUUGAUGGAAAAAGUUCACACAUUCCAUAUCGUGAUUCAAAAUUAACAAGAUUACUUCAAGAUUCACUUGGUGGUAAUUCAAAAACAAUUAUGGUUGCAAAUAUUGGUCCAGCAUCAUAUAAUUUUGAAGAAACAAUUGGAACAUUAAGAUACGCAAAUAGGGCAAAAAAUAUUCAAAAUAAACCAAGAAUUAAUGAAGAUCCUAAAGAUGCUUUAGUAAGAGAAUUUCAAGAAGAAAUUGCUAGACUUAAAAGUAUGCUUGAAAAGAGAGGUCUUUCAAGCAGUCGUAAACGUAAAUCUAAAAAACAUAGUACUAUGUCUGAUUCAACUGAUUCUAAUGUUAUGGAUCAAUCAAGUAUUUUAGAAUAUUUAGAAGAACAACAAAAAAUUCUUGAAUUAAAACAAAAAGAAAUAAAUGAUAAUACUUCAAUUAUAUCUGAAGAAAAACAAAAAUUAUUAGAAGAUUUAAAUAGAAGAAAAGAGGAAUUAAUGAAAGAACAUAAAGCUCAACAAAAUUUGGCAGAUAGAAUACAAGCUAUACAAAGUAAACUUUUAAGUGGUAAUUCAAAUUUAUUUGAUAAAACAAGGAAACAAGAAAAUGAAUUAGAAAAUAAAAGAUUAGAAAUAGCAGAACAACGAAGAAGAGAAAGAGAAAUAUUACAACAAUUAGAAUCACAAGAAUGUUCUACAUCUGAAAUAAAUCAAACUUUUACAACAUUAAAACAAGAAGUUGAAUUAAAAACAAAAAAAUUGAAAAAACUUUAUUUAAAGUAUCAACAAAUACGUUCUGAAUUACAGGAUAUUUCAUUUCAUCAUUCUAGAGAAAGACAAGACUUAGAAACAUCUGUUUCUGAAAUAACAAAAGAAUUAAAAUUAAAAUUACUUAUAGUGGAUAAUUUUAUACCAAAUGAUGUUGUAAAAAAAUUAAAAGAAAGAGCUUAUUUUGAUGAUGAUGGUGAUGAAUGGCAUAUAUUAAAAUCUGGAUAUAUAAGACCAAAAACAUCUGAAUACUCAAAUGAUUCACGAUUAUUUAAUGCUUCUCUUAAUCCUGAAGAUGAAACGCCAUCAUUAUUUAUUAAUAAAGAUGAUUCUAUACCACCAAAAAAUAAAAAUGAGACUGAAACAAAUUUAAGGAAAUUUGUUCAAACAUUAGUUUUACGCCCUUCAUCACGACCAGAACAACGUCGUUCUUUUACGAUAUAUGAACAACAAUUAUUGAAUAAGGCUAGACAAAGAAUUCAAAAAAGUAGUUGUGUUAAACCAACAUUAUUUGCAAACGAAGAUAAUUUAGUUGAAGAAAUAAUACCAGAAGAAGUUUUACGAUUUUGUGGAGAAAAUAUUUUAACAUUUUCUUGUCUUGAGACAUUCCCAUCAAUUGUAAAAAAUUAUGAUAUAACUACUUUAUCACAAUCUAAUAGAGCAAAAUUAUCAAAUAAUAAAGCAUCUACAUUUAAUAGUAGUAUUAAAACAAAUUGUGAUGUUAUGAUUGAUGUAUCAAGAAUUCCAGCUCCAAGAAGAGCUAUUUCUCGUGACUCAAGAAAAGAACAAAAAAAUAAUAAAACGCAAUAUUCAACAAAUUUUUCAAAAAAAGGGGACGCCCGCAGCGUGCAGCACUCAUCACAACCUACUACAGCGAUGGUAAAUAUAUCUUCAAAUACAAGCGCACUCGUUUAUCCAAGAGCACGUGGACUUAUUCCUAUACCAAACAAACGGUAA